UGGGACGGGCAAAUGUCCUACCCUCCAAACGUCUCCUAGAUAACUUUUGGGCUCUGCUGGGCUCUCUCGGUCUUCCAUGGCGGAAGCCGUCGCUUUCGCCUCUGCGGCUCGACUCCCCCGAGAGCUCUUCAGCCAUCCUGGAAGAAGAAACCCAGGUGGUCAGCUAGUUCCUUCUCCCUUCUCUUGCCUCCCCUCUUCUUUUCCUCCUUCCUCUUCCUCUCCUCCCUUCUCCUCUGCUCUCCAAUUCCCCACCCGGAGAACUUCUCUCUCUUGCUCUUGCUCCCUCGGGACGCCGGCACCAGCCAAGCCUUUGAGUCAAAAAGCUCCCCUUUUUAGCGAGGGAAGGGAUGAGGACGAGGGCCGACUCAUCUGCCCCGGCUGCGGAGUCUUCAUGCAGGACUCCGACCCCAAUCUCCCUGGCUAUUACCAGAAACGCGUCGCUCGGGACCAAAAGAAAAUCGAAGACGGUUCUAUCGAUCUUUGGUCCGAAUCCGAUGAAAUCCUCGAAGAAGAGGACGAAGGAAUCGAUGGAUUGUCGUCAAGAUCUGAUUCCGAAGGCGGCCUUUUGGAUGAGAGUUCGGUAGACGGAACGAAGGAAAAAGAGGAGAUAAAAGGAGAAAUUGAUUGGGAUCUAGAUUGGGAGGAGGAAGAGGAUGAAGAGGAGAAAUGGAGGAAGGAGUUGGAUGGAUUCGCCCCAGCCGGCGUUGGGUAUGGCAACAUCACUGAGGAGACACUGCAGAAGAUGAAGAAGGAGAAGAUCUCAAAGUCUGAGAAGAAACGGAAGGUGAGAGAGGCUAAGAGAAGCGAGGAAGAGGAGACAGUCACCGUCUGCGCCAGAUGCCACUCUUUGAGGAACUAUGGGCAGGUGAAGAACCAAAAAGCAGAAAAUUUGAUACCAGACUUUGAUUUCGAUCGUCUCAUCUCCACCCGGCUGAUGAAACCCAUGACGAGCGCUCCGGUGGUGGUGAUGGUCGUCGACUGCGUAGAUUUUGAUGGUUCAUUCCCAAAACGAGCAGCCAAGUCUUUGUUCAAAGCCUUGGAGGGAAGCAACAGAGACUCCAAAGUGAGCAAAUUGCCAAAGCUUGUUCUUGUCGCAACAAAGGUGGAUCUCCUCCCCUCACAGAUUUCUCCGACAAGGUUGGACCGAUGGGUCCGUCACAGGGCGAAGGCUGCAGGAACACCUAAGCUAAAUGCUGUUUAUCUGGUCAGUGCUCGCAAGGAUCUGGGGGUGAGGAAUUUGAUUUCUUAUAUCAAGGAAUUGGCAGGACCCCGUGGGAAUGUUUGGGUGAUUGGAGCUCAGAAUGCUGGAAAAUCUACUCUAAUUAAUGCAUUUGCUAAGCGAGAAGGUGUUAAGAUUACUAGACUUACUGAGGCGGCGGUGCCAGGGACUACAUUGGGGAUACUGAGAAUUGGGGGGAUUUUGCCAGCGAAAGCAAAGAUGUAUGAUACUCCAGGUCUUUUGCAUCCAUACCUGAUAACAAUGAGAUUAAACAGGGAGGAGCAGAAGAUGGUGGAAAUCCGGAAGGAGCUGCAGCCAAGGACCUUCAGGGUGAAGGCUGGGCAAACAGUUCAUGUUGGUGGGUUGAUGAGACUAGAUCUGACACAGUCUUCUGUGGAGACUAUUUAUGUCACUGUUUGGGCAUCACCAAAUCUCUCUCUUCAUAUGGGGAAGACUGAAAAUGCAGAUGAGAUACGGAUGAAGCAUUUUGGUAUCAGACUACAGCCACCCAUUGGACAGGAUCGAUUGUCUGAACUUGGUGAGUGGAAACAGAGAGAGAUCAAGGUUUCUGGGAUCAGCUGGGAAAUAAAUAGUGUUGAUAUUGCUACUUCUGGGCUGGGAUGGUUUUCUUUGGGACUUAAAGGCGAUGCUACUGUGAUGUUGUGGACCUUGGAUGGUGUUGAAGUAACACAGAGAGAACCAUUGGUUCUUGAUAGAGCUCCAUUUCUGGAAAGGCCUGGAUUUCUGUUGCCCAAGGCUAUAUCUGAUGCCAUUGGUAACCAAAGUAGGAUUGAGGCACAGAAUAGAAAGCUGAAAGAAGAGAGAGCUGAUUCUCUUUUGGAAGCAAGUAUCUAAAAGUAGUGAAGACUCCAAAACCAGUGGUGAGUUCAGAACUGAUAGUUGCUGCUAUAACAGAGUACGUGGAUCUUAUCAUGGAGGUAGAUCCAUGCAUCGGUGUGCAAAUCUCUCUCUGAUAGAGGAAUUGUAAAGACAUCUUUAGUAACACAGGAAUUUUGUUCUCCAUGGCUACAUGUUGAGUUUGUGGAUUCUCUCUUUCUUAAUUUAUUUUAUAUACUUAAUUUCUGUCCA